AUGCUGGACCCGGAGGUACUCAAAAGCCAAAGCCAGCCGGACGAUAUACCAUCCAGUCCUGCUACUACUCUCAGCAAUGACAACACGAGCGAUGGGGGGUCUACCACCAGUUUGUCCAAAUAUGAUAGAUCCUCGGAUAUUGAAGAAGAAUCUGUGGAUGGCUCAGCAAAUCAAGAAGUUUCAAUGAACCAGACAGGUCCCGCCUCAAAUGAAGGUGCAGAUCUAACGAAGUUCACCUUAAAGAGUCUUUUGUUAGGCGAAGAACUCAAGAGGCUCCAAGUCUGGAAAACAUCGUUCUCCAACGAGGAGCUGGAUAUGCUACCGACUAUCGACCACGAAGUUGCACAGAGCGUACUAAAAUGCUUGACGAGCGUGGCCAGCAUACUGAUCGAAGGAUCAAGUCAGUCUCCCCUCCUUCUAAUCCUUAACCGCACGUAG